UUUUUUUUUUCUUUUUUCUACUCUUGAUUCUUUCUUGACCUGUCAACGAACACCAAUGAAUAUUUCCAAUCCCAUUGGUGCCGAGAUCGAUUCAGUGUCGUUCUCUUUUUACGACCCUCAAGAGAUCAGAAAGAUUUCUGUCAAACAAAUUGUCAAUCCCGUCCUCUUCGAUGCUCUUGGUCACCCUACUAAAGGUGGUUUAUACGAUGCUGCUCUCGGUCCUUAUCAAAAGUCCCAAAUUUGUGGUACUUGUACUCAAACUUACACCAAUUGUCCAGGUCAUUUUGGUCAUAUUGAUCUUCCUAUUCCUGCAUACAAUCCAAUGUUCUUUGACAAUCUUUAUGCUGUUUUACGUGCUCACUGUGUUCAUUGUCAUCACUUCCGUCUGGGCGAAACCAAGCAAAAGAAGACUUCGGCUCAACUUAAACUAUUAGAAAAUGGUUUAGUCCGUGAAGCUCAAGCUAUAGACGAAUUUUAUGUCCAAAUCGAUACAUCCAAAUCCAAGAAAAAGGACCCUGAAAAUCUGGAAGAUCGCAUGGAAAGGGGUGAAGAUGUCUUUGCUUCUGCUGAAGAAUAUGAAGCUCAUUUAGACAAAUAUGUCAAAGAUUGUCUAACUGAUCCUGAAAUCCGAGCUUACUCUGCUGCCAAUUACAAAGUCACUGUCAUCAACGAAGUACGAAAAUCUAUCAUGAUGGAUUUUAUGCGUCGCUGUCUCGCCACUCGUCGAUGUGAACAUUGUAAUAGUAUCUCACCUCCUUUCCGUCGUGAUGGUGCUGCAAAGCUUUUCCAAGCACCUUUACCCAAGAAAGAACAACAUUUGAUGGAAGCCAAACAUGGAUCUCACAACAAAAACAAUCCUAGUGUGCAACGUUUUUUGACACCUUACGAAGUACGCAAGAUGGUACAACAACUUUUUGAAACUGAUUCAUCUAUGACCACUCUUCUUUUCGGUGCUCGUAAUCCUCAUGUUCCAACUCAUAUCAAGAAGGCCUCUUAUCAUAUGUUCUUUAUCGAAGUCUUGGCUGUAUCUCCUACUCGAUUCCGUCCUCCCUCGGUGAUGGGUGAUAAAGUAUUCGAAUCUCCUCAAAAUGAUUUACUUAGCGCUAUUCUUCAGAAUGCCCAUCAAGUACGUGAUUACUCAGACUCAUUACAAGCUGCUGCUGAUGAAGAUCCUAUGGAUAAGGAAAAAGUACAACGUCUUCGCACUACAUUUGUCGAUGUGAUUAUUAAACUUCAACAUGCUGUCAAUUCAUUUAUUGAUUCUACGAAGAAUCCUACUCAAGUUCCUCAAGGUGCAACUAAUCCUCCUGGUAUUCGUCAAGCUCUUGAAAAGAAGGAAGGUUUAUUCAGAAAGCAUAUGAUGGGUAAACGUGUAAAUUAUGCUGCUCGUUCCGUCAUCUCUCCUGAUCCAAACAUUGAAACUUCUGAAAUUGGUGUUCCUCCAGUCUUUGCCAAAAAGUUGACUUAUCCUGAACCUGUGACUCCAUAUAACAUCAAUGAAAUGCGUCAAGCUGUGAUCAAUGGUCCUUUUCAAUGGCCUGGUGCUACUCAUGUUCAAAAUGAAGAUCAAUCUGUGGAUGUCUUAGCCAAUCUUAGUAUGGAAUCUCGUAUUGCUUUAGCCAAUUCGUUGCUUGCUCCUCAAGCCUCUACUGAUGCUCAACCUGGUGCCAAUCCUUAUCCUACUCGCACACAAACUGUUAACAAAAAGGUGUUCCGUCAUUUACGUAAUGGUGAUAUGCUUCUCCUCAAUCGUCAACCUACUCUUCACAAACCUUCCAUUAUGGCUCAUAAAGCUCGUGUCUUACCUGGUGAAAAGACGAUUCGUAUGCAUUAUGCCAAUUGUAACACAUACAAUGCUGAUUUCGAUGGUGAUGAAAUGAAUAUUCACUUUCCUCAAAAUGAAAUUGCUCGUGCUGAAGCUGCCUUGAUUGCUAAUACCGACAAUCAAUACUUGGUACCCACUAGUGGUGAUCCUCUCCGCGGUUUGAUUCAAGAUCACGUUAUAUCUGGUGUAUGGAUGACUGCUCGUGAUACCUUCUUCACUCGUGAUGAAUAUCAACAAUUACUCUAUGGUUCUUUACGUCCUGAACAAGAUGGUACUGGUAAUGGUCGUAUUUUGACUCUUCCUCCUACUAUUUUUAAACCUCAACCUCUAUGGACUGGUAAACAAAUUAUUUCUACUGUGUUGAUGAACUUGACUUGGGGAAAAUCACAAUUGAACAUGACUUCCAAAAGCAAAGUACCUGGACGUUAUUGGGGUCCUGAUGCUACUGAAGAAGCUGAAGUACUUGUGAUGGAUGGUGAAUUGGUGCGAGGUAUUUUAGAUAAAUCUCAAUUUGGUGCCACUGCUUUUGGUCUUGUACACUCUGUUUAUGAAUUAUAUGGUGCUGAAUCUGCUGGUAAACUUCUCAGUAUCUUUGGUCGUCUAUUUACAAAAUACAUUCAAUUCCGUGGCUUUACUUGUCGUAUGGAUGAUUUACUUUUGACGACUGAAGGUGAUGCUUGGCGUCGUGAUUUACUGGAUAAAGGUUAUGCUCUUGGUAAAGAAGCUCAUUUGGAAUAUCUUGGUUUGGCAGAAACAGCGAAAACAGCUUCUAGUGAAGUACUUGAAAAAGAAUUUAAAUUACGUAUGGAAGAAGUGGCUAGGGAUGAUGAUAAAUUGGCUGGUCUUGAUAAUGCUAUGAAAUCCAAGGUGAACAAAUUAACAAGUUCCAUUACUGAAAAAUGUUUACCAAAUGGUCUUGUACGAAAAUUCCCUGAUAAUGACAUGCAAAUGAUGACUGUAUCUGGUGCCAAGGGAUCCAAUGUCAACGUAGCACAAAUCUCAUGUUUAUUGGGUCAACAAGAAUUAGAAGGUCGUCGUGUCCCUCUUAUGGUAUCAGGUCGCUCUUUACCAUCUUUCCGUCCUUAUGAUACAAGCGCUCGUGCUGGUGGUUAUGUUACUGGUCGGUUCUUGACUGGUAUCCGUCCUCAAGAAUACUAUUUCCAUUGUAUGGCUGGUCGUGAAGGUUUGAUUGAUACAGCUGUCAAGACAUCUCGUUCCGGUUAUCUUCAACGCUGUUUGAUCAAACAUUUAGAAGGUUUGAAGGUACAUUAUGAUCAUACUGUGCGUGAUUCUGAUGGUUCAGUAUUACAAUUCCACUACGGUGAAGAUUCCCUGGAUGUGAUCAAGGCCAAAUAUUUGGAGAAAUUCAGCUUCUCUGCUCAUAACUUUGAAACCCUAUCUCAAAAGUACAAUCCCAAGGCUGCUUUAUCAAGUUUGGAAACUAAGGAAGGUGAAUCUUAUGCAAAGAAGGCUCUCAAGAAACCCAACAAAUAUGAUCCUGCUUUAUCUAUUUACAAUCCUGGUAAACAUCUUGGUGUCGUAUCCGAACGAUUUGCUAUGGGUAUGCAGAAAUAUAUCGACAAUAAUCCCGACAAGAUGCCAUUCGAAAAAGAUGCAGUGCUCACCAAAGAAAAUGAACGUUUCAACAAUUUGAACAAGAGCAAAUUCAAAGCAUUGAUGCAUCUCAAGUACUUACAUAGUUUGGUCGAUGCUGGUGAAGCUGUAGGUCUUUUGGCUGCUCAAUCUGUUGGUGAACCCUCUACUCAAAUGACCUUGAACACUUUCCAUUUUGCUGGUUAUGGUGCUGCUAACGUAACUCUUGGUAUUCCUCGACUUCGUGAAAUCAUCAUGACUGCUGCGUCUCAAAUUAAGACACCUACUAUGUUGUUACCUCUUCGCACAGAUAUUCAAGAUGCCAAUGUUGCCAGUCAAUUCUGUAAGGCCGCUUCCAAGCUCACAUUAGCUCAACUGGUCGAUGAUGUUGCUGUCACCGAAACCACAACUGCUAAAUCAUCUCUCACUAAUUAUCGACGCUCCAAGGUGUAUACCAUCCGACUCAAUCUGUUCGCUGAAAGUGAAUACACUGAAGAAUACCGUGCCACCAAGAAACAGGUCAAAACUACUCUCGCCACUAGCUUUAUCAAGAGAUUAGAAGAAGCCAUUCGAAAAGAUAUUAAGGGCCGAAAGAUGACAAAUAUAAAUGAAGGUCAAAAGACUUCUGGAGCCGACAAGGAAUAUGCUAUGAAUGAAGAUUUGGGGGCGGAUGCAGCACAAGCUACUGAAGAGAAUGAUGGAGAUGCUACUGAUGCUCGACUUGCAUCCAAAUCCAAACAGCGGGCAUCUUAUGAUGACGAUGAUGAGGAUGAUAUAAAUCCUGCAGACAAAACAUUGGAAGAUGAAGAAGCCGAAUUGGAAGAUGCCAUCAACAAGGAAGGUGAUGAUGACGAUGAUGAUGAAGAUAUGGAAAAUCGACGUACGAAGCGAAAGGAAUCUGAUAGUUUGGAAGAACAAGCUGUACAAAGAGCCAACUAUGUGACUCGAUGGUCCUUUGAUGAUACGAAUGGUGCAUGGUGUGAAAUGGAUAUGCAAUUCCCUGCUGGUACUAAGAAGAUUUUGAUGGUCAAUUUGGUGGAAACUGCUUGUGCCAAUGUCAUUGUACAUGAAAUUCCUGGUAUUCAACGAUGUUUCGAAUAUGUUAAUCCUACAGAAAAUGAUACCUCAAAACGACUUCAAACUGAAGGUGUGAAUUUACGUGGUAUGUGGGCUUAUAGUGAUUUGAUUGAUAUUGAUUACCUCGACACAAAUGAUAUUGCGGCCAUUUUACGAACAUAUGGUGUGGAAGCUGCAAGAAAUGCUAUCAUCAAGGAAGUGGCUAGUGUAUUCGGUGUUUAUGGUAUCAAGGUGGAUCGUCGCCAUUUGACCGUGAUUGCGGAUUAUAUGACCUUUGAAGGUGGAUACAAACCAUUCAGUCGUAUUGGUAUUGGUUCCAAUGUAGCACCAUUCUUAAAGAUGAGUUUUGAAUCUACUUGUAAAUUCUUGAACGAUGCAGUGAUUGCUGGUGACUAUGAUACUUUAGAAUCACCGUCAUCUCGUAUUGUACUUGGUAAAGUGGUAGAAGGGGGUACCGGAUCAUUUGAAGUCUUACAACCUUUGGUGCAAACUGCAUAGAUAUAGACUACAUAGUUUUUUUUUGUUAUUAUUAUUAUUAUUAUCAUUUUAUUAUUUUUCUCUUUAUGUUCAUACUUUUUUUUUAUCUCUCAUACAAAAACGCAUUAUUUUUUUUUCUUUCUAUAGUACUACUUUAUCAGAAAUGUGAAAUAAAAGAAAUCAGAAAAUUCAUUCAUAUCUU